CAGUCGCCCCACUCAUUCAAAAUUUCAAAUCCGAACGCGACGGUCUCAGCGCACGGUCCGAUCCGACAACAAGAAGAUUAUGAGUUGGCGCUCCGCGGAGAAUUCGAAUUAUCAGGCCGCACUGUUUCGCAAAGAUUUCCAAACCGAAUCUCGCGACGCCCAUUGUCUUGCCCGGUUCGCGCAGUAACGGCAAUCAAAGCUAAUUGUAAUUGUAAUUGCCGAGUAACGGAUAUAGAUAUACGUGCAUAUCUUGGCCGCCGUACUUAAAUUCCGCUGCAAGUGUGCGUUUUCUGCAUUUAAUUCAUCAAUUUAAAUGCCUGCCCACCACAUGUGUGUGCGUGCGUGUGUGUGUCCGUCUGAUUGUGCGAGUGUGCGAGCGCAAAUGCCGCCGCCGAAAAUAUAAUUUGAUCAUUUCGAGAAAAUCUCUCACAUCGGCUGUAACAACAACGAAAGCAACAACUGCGACCGCCACUACGACCGCCUCUAAGCGCAGAGGACAACAACGCAAGCGGCAAAAUCGGUUUUCUAGCGGUUUAUACACCCGAAAGGCUAGAAAUUUCACCACACAGUUUAUUUUUGCUCCACAAGGGCAGGUGUACGGGGCGCUUGUAGAAUUCUGACCGAAACUGAAAACUGAAAUCCGAAAUCUCGAAUAAAUAACGGAAGUGGGGGAAAAGCUGCCCAAUGCUGCGCACAGCUUUUCUGCCACCAUAACGAUAAUGUGUAGACUUUGGUCCGAAAACUGAGUAUCCCGACCCGGAAAUAGACAUGCGGCAUCGAAACCAAUCGAAAAGAAAGAUCCCCCUGCUGGGUUGUAGUCUCUGACCGAAAACUAAACUAUAAAUGGAAAUGCUCCAAUCGUGUAGACUUGUCAUUGAAAGCUCGAAUCCACUUGCCGUUGUGUAGACUGUGUCUUCUGACAUUUUUUUUGCUUUAAAAGCCCAAAAACUCAAAACUUGCAUCCAGAGCCGCGUUGUUUUUUGGAGAUAUAAAGAUUGGAGAAAACAGAUAAAACCAUCGUCCUAUAACUCGAAGCCGAAAGAAACAAUUUUUUUGCCAACUAAAAAAGUAGAAGAGCCAGUAUCCCAAAAGAGUCAAUUCAAAUCAUCAAUCGAAUCGAACCGAACCGAAUCUCUCUGUAGGAUUUCGAAACCUAAAAACCGAAUAGCUGGCUGGGGUUAGUGUAGAAUUUGGAAACUGAAGUGCAGAAAAGCAGAAAAUCAGAAAAGCAGAAAAACCAGAGUCCGAACGAACUGAACCGAACGGCGCGUUUGUUUUUCGACUGCUAAUGAGCUUGGUCGCAAGAUAUAUAUUCUGAUUCGGUCGCUUGUUGGCCUACUAAAAGAAACUGGCUCACACGGACACUCCAACUCGGACUCGAGCUCGAACUCGGCUCGAGCCAGGGCUCGGAGCUCUGAGCCACUCACACACACUCACGCACCAUGUCUCAGGCGGCGAAAGGUUUCCUAACCACCGAUCUGUUUCUGUUUCUCAUGCCUCUUUCUGGCCCAUUCUGGUUUUUUAGGUCUCCGCCGCCGCCGCCGCCGCCGCCGCCGUCGUCGUCGACUAGUGGUCAAAAGCAAAGCAACGCCACCGCGAGAGAGAGAGAGAAAUACAAACUGCACAGACCAAAAACUAAAAAGACUAUAAACCGACCAAAAACUGAAAAGAUCAAGCUCGUGGGUGUUUUUUUCGUGUGAAGAACUGGCGCUAAACACCCCCCAUACGGGGCCAAUUGAAAUAUAAAAGAAGAUCUGCGAAGGAACUGAGACAGGAUGAGUGCCGACCGGAGGAGACAGAGCCGUUUCUUCUGCGCGAAGCCAGCCACCGCCGAGGAGAAGGCGGCCAAAAGAGCCAGUGCACCCAGUGCAUCCAGUGCAUCCAGUGCGGCAAGUGCCACGGCAGUUGCACCGUGCAAAGAGCAGCUUUCUCCAGCCACCGCCGAGGAGGAUUUACUGGAAAUGCCUCGCCUUUGCCGCUGCUGCUGCAAACGGGAUUUGGAAUUACUCGGCUUAUUCGAGGCCAGCCAGCCGACGCUGGCCAACACAUCAGCAUCGAACAAAUACAAAUCAUCGGGAACAUUAGCAAAAACAUGUGCGACAGAAGCAGAAACCGAAACUCCAGAGACAUUGUCCGCAAAUCCAGUAAAUCCCGGUACUAAAGCUACAUCAUCUCCAUCAGAAGCAGCUACAGCAACGGCCACUACGGCCACUACGGCUACAGCAGCAGCAGCAGCAACGUCCGCAUUUUCAACCACACCCUCCGCACACAGACCCUCCUCCUCGUCCUCGUCUCCCAUGAGGCGUCGCACCACUGCUGCCACCACCGCCGCCGUGCCCACUGCACCGCCGGCCCCUCGAGGACGCAGCAGCGAUAAUGCCGUCGACUACACACUCAGCGGGGCCCACAGCAGCAUGGACAUUGUCCUCGAGGAGAUGACCAUUUGGAUGCUCAAUAUAAAUCGCGACGAUGGACUGCCGCAAGAAAUCUGCCGGCAGUGCAUGGCCCAGUUUUUGAUGGUGGCCAAGUUCCGCCGGAAAUGUGUACGGAUGCAACAGCGCCUGCAGGACUUUGCCCAGGAGAUAUCCGACCGCCAGACGGCCAGACAAGCGAAGCGUCAGCAAAAAGUCCAAAAGAACAGCCAGAGUCAGGGCAGUGAGGCGUUCUCGGCCACCUCCAACUCCACAUCGACGUUCGAACGUUCUGAACUCGUGCCCGUGCCCGAGCCCGUGACCGUGCGGAAGCGCCGUAUGGUAUCGGAGUCCGAUUCCGGAGAAUCGGCAUCGUCAGCAGCUGUUGCAGAGAAGCAGGUGCGCACGGAAUCGGAGGACUUGCCGCCGCCCAAGUCGAGUUCAGGGCCACUUCGUCCGCGCAAAUAUCGCACCUACUCCAUUGGCUGUGAGAUGGAGCGUCCCUCCUCCAUUGACGCCAGCAGCAUGCCGUGGAAGACGAAGGCGGCCCGCAAGCAGCUUUCGGAGACCUGGUUAUCGUCCCGCUGCUCCCCCGAACUGCUCUCCUCCGCCCCGUCAUCGCGUCAGCGCAGCAGCACCAGCAGCAGUGAGCAUACAAGCGACCUGUCCGUGGGUCCAUGUUGCGGCUUCGAGAGCGACAGCAAUCCCUCCUCCUCAACCACCUCCAACGUCGCACCGAAAUCGGUGGCCGUCGGUGUUGUGGCGCGGUCCCCCCCGAAGACAAGGCCCUCGUUGCCAGUUAAUGAUUUAUUGCCCCGCAGGGGUCGCCGUCCGAGGAAUGCGCCGAUGUACAAUCCCCCUAAAAGGGUGAGGCGAUCGCUGGUCAGAAGGGAGGCGCUGAAGAGAAAGGUAGUGGCAGAACCAGUUAAUGCAGAGAAAAGAAAGUCUGAUCAAAAGGAUAUCUAUCCGCCGGAACCGAAGCUUGAGCACUUGGCCCCAUCCAGCGAUGAGGCCAUCGACAGCACUUCAGACGCGCCAAAGGAUGCGCCAUCGAAUGCGGUCCCAGAGGAAUGUAAUCCAAUUAAUGCAAACCAAGUUUGUGGUGAUAUAAGCCAGGGUGAAAAGGAGAAGGAAAUCACAUCGAAUGGUUUGAUUGAGAGCUCCAACCAGGUGAAAGCUGUGGAAGAAGAUAAAGCGCCCAAUGGCGUUGUGGAAAAUGUUGAUGUCGAGCAAGACCCACUCAAAGCUGAUCCACUUGCCAUCCGCCAUCCUUGUACUGAUGAAAACGAUGAAAUUACCGGAACAUACAGGGAGUUACUGGAGCAGUUUGAAGCCACCACCGCUCCUCCCGAAUUUUCUUCGGAAGAUCUCCCCAUUAAAGAGGAAAUCGAGUCCAUUUUGAAUAACAUCAAGGCAGAAGCUAAUCUAGUGCAGUCCGGCGAACUGACCUCAUCCACGGAACCCAGUGAGUUGCAACCGAAAAUGGUUGAACAGCAGGCAACUGUGGAGCAGCAAGCAGUACUUAUGGAUCAGCAGGAAUCCAUUGAGCAAGCCGUGAAAUCUCUAGAUCAACCUGACUCCUUGGAGCAGCCGGAGAUCAUAGUUAGCAUUCCGCUGGAGGCACUCGACGAGAAUCUACAGCGCCGCCUUUGCUUGGAUCCGGAAGCCGAGGAGUCGCUGAAUCGAGAGACCGCCUCCCCCAAGGAGCUGCCCAUGCAGCUCGAUGACGUCAAUAACAAUGAAAAUGACGAAAAUUUUUGCCAGAGUGCUACAGCAGAUAGCUUCAAUUCUGCUGUGGCACUCCGAACCCAUCUAAUUGAAGCAACACCACCGGGGAACACGGAAUCGGAUGAUGCGGAUGCGGACGCGGAUGAGGUGCCGGUGGUGCGUUCUGGACCAACGCCCAUGGAUUUCAUGGCCGAGUUCGCGAAGCACUGUGCGAACGGGAUUGAGCAGCUUAAGGCCACCACUCCGGCGUCAUCGCCCACGCCCGCAGACCUGCUGCCCCUUAACGAUCUGGAUGCCAAGCAGAAACUGGAGGUGGAGAUGAACGACGUAGAGACGACCCUAAAUGGCAUCCUCAACGAGAUGCAGGACCAGCACAUGUACACCCCGACCUGUGCCCACAUUGAUGAGUUUCUCACUCCCGCCGAUUAUGCUCCAAUGACUGAGCAAGAGACGUCCGUUUCAUCGCCGCCCAAUCCCUUCGAGCAGAGUCCACGUGCCGAACCGGAGCCCAAACCCAAUGCCUCCGACGAUCCCUUCGACAACAGCAACUUUAGCAGCGAACUGAUUGGCUUCCAGAACGAUAUUCCCUGCUUUGAGAACAUCGAAACCACUACAGAGCAGGGACAGAACUUGCAUUUAGAGCUUACCCAGUUCCUCAGGGAUCUUCAACCGGCACAACCGAAUCAGCAGCCCGAGGAGCAGGGCGCCAAGACCCAGGUUGAGACACAGGGGAAUGUCCAAAUGGAAGUCCAAUCCGUCAACCUGCAAAUGCAACCUGAUAUCCAGCAGCAAAAUGAGUCUGCAGGUCCUUCUCCAAACGAAUCUCCCGUAUCAUCGCCUCAAGUAGGGUCCCAAAUUGAAAUACAAAUGGAACCUGAAAUUGGGACUCAACUGCAGCACAAAUUCCUGACAGUGCAGAGUCCACACCAAAAUCAGCCUGAAGUACAAUCUCAUGACCAAUCUCAGAUCCCACCGCAAAUAGAGCCUCAGAUUCAAGUCCAAAACCAUCUAGAGCAAGCCUUACAAAUCGUGCCGCAAGGCCAGCAACAGGUGGUUGCUCAAGUGCAUCCCCAGAUGCAGCUCCAAUCCCAGAUUGUGCCCCAUGUCCAGACGCAGGGCACGACGACAACGGUCACCUACGAGCAGAUCUAUCAGCAGCACAUUGUCCAGCAGACGGUGCAGCAGUCCUCCAACAAGAUGCAGGUCAUCUCGCUGCCCUCGGGUGGCUCGGAAAGGAGGCAGUGGAAGACGCAGCAGUCCCAACAGCAGCAGCAGCUCCAGUGGUCAUCGGUGGGCGGACUGGAGGCCAUUAAGAGUGCCCCCGUCGACAGUGUUGCACCCACAACCACAACAUACUACAUCAGUGCCGGCGAUCUGUAUCCCCAGCAGGGUGAAACGUACACGAUGCUGCAGCCGGCGCCCAAUGAAAGCUACAUGAUUGAGCACGUGAACCACCACCACCAGCAGCAGCACCACCAUCGUCAACAGCAGCAUCACCAGCAGCAAAUUCAACUGGCCCAACAGCAACAUCACCAGGCGCAGCAACAGCCGAUUAUGAUACUGAUCCAGCAGCAAGAGGUUCAGAAACCGGUGGCCUCAGCCAGCAAUCCUCGGCAGCCACCCAUGCACGUCUACAGAAACAAUAUGCAUCAGCUCCAGAACACGCAACACCAACAGGUACGGCAGCAAUGCUACCGGCAGCAGCAGUAUCAGCCGCAGCAGGGAACGCAGCAGCAGCAACAGUCGCAACAAAGUCGAGUCGUACAAAGCCAUCCAGUAUUGGGGAUGCCUGGAGCCACUUCCAUAUCCACCAAAGUGACCCCCAUUCCCGCCACAACGCCCAAGGGCAGGGCCCUGACGCUCAAGUGCCGCUUCUGUCACAACGGACCGCGAUUCUCCAACAGCCUGGAGUACAGCAAGCAUAUCAUCGACCUGCAUCCGGCGGUGGCGCCAUUCAACUGUCCACACUGUCCCCUCGCCUUUGCCGGCCGGACCAAGCGAUCGCAGCACAUCCUUAGCCACCAUGUGGUGCAGCAGUACCAAUGUGGCCAGUGCUCCCAGGUGUUCCCGGCCCAAAAGGCUCUGGACAUUCACAUCCAACGCUUCCACAUGCAAGUGAAGUCCGAGCCCGUGGGGGCUGUGCAAGUGGAGGACGUCCAGCUGGAGAUCUCCGGCGAUCGGAGGAGGGGUAGGCCGUAUAAGCCAAGGCUGCAGCAACAGCAGCAUCAGCUGCAACCUCAGCACCAGCUACAAGCGCUACAGCAGCAGCAGCAACAACAGCAGCAGCAGCAACAACAGCAGCAGCAGCAACAACAGCAGCAGCAGCAACAACAGCAACAGCAGCAGCAAGUGCAGCAACUGCAACAAGCACAGGAGCAGCAGCCACUGCAUCAGCAGCAGCAGCAACAACAACAUAUGUUGCAAGUGCAGCAACCACAGCAACAACCGAUAAUGCAGCCGCAAUCGCCUCAUCCAUCAACAAUGGAAAUCCAGGCCAGUCCAACAACGCCACGAAAGAUUCUCUGCUGUCCCGAUUGCGAAGACUGCACUUCCGGCCACAGCCACGGCAACGAGCAGUGCGAGGAGCAGUCGGCACUGCAGGCUCCGCCGACGGUGCUUACUCCGCCCUCGACCAUCGUCUCGGCUCCGUCGCCGCAGCCCAUGAUGUACUCGCAGCACAUAACAAUGCCGUCGCCGGAACAAUCCGAGCCAGAUUCCACGACCACGUUGCGACAGUUUCGCAAGCGUGGCGUGAUCGUUGGGCCACAGGGCCCGCUGCAUUUGGCCACACCAGUGGCCUCCCCCUCGCCGUCGUCGUCGCCCUCCUCGUCGACGUUGGACCAUGCCCCGCCAGCCUCCCCGGCAACGCCCGCCUCUCCGGCUCCACCUCCAUCGCCUGCCCCGCCCACGGUGCAGUUGAACGAGUUGCGAGCGUGCCACCAGUGUCUGUACUGCGAGGAGCGGUUCACCAAUGAGAUUGCGUUGAAGAAGCACCAUCAGCUGGCGCACGGAGCCCAGACGACGAUGCCUUUCGUGUGCAACAUCUGCAAGCGUGGCUAUCGCAUGCGAACGGCUCUGCACCGACACAUGGAGUCGCACGAUGUGGAGGGGCGACCGUACGAGUGCAACAUUUGUCGCGUGCGAUUCCCACGACCAUCGCAGCUGACGCUGCACAAGAUCACGGUGCACUUGCUCUCGAAGCCGCAUACCUGCGACGAGUGCGGCAAGCAGUUCGGUACGGAGAGCGCCCUCAAGACGCACAUCAAGUUCCAUGGAGAGCUCGGUUACCAGUGCGACGGGUGCGAUCGGACAUUCGAGUAUCUGAAAGAGUUGCGCAAGCAUCGACGCACCCACAGCGAGAUGUUUUACAAAUGCAAGUUCUGCCCCAGCUCCUUCGUGCGUUUCACGGGCUAUCGGGCCCACAUGAAAACCCAUAUGCCACUCGGCGUGUUUAUCAGCGAGGAGGCCGCCGCAUCAAAGUCGUCCAGCAACAAUAGCAGCACAUCGGGCAGUGAUAGGGUGCUGGAUCCGCCCACGACGCCCCUCGAGGAGACCCCAUUGACGCCGCUGAGCAGCGGCGGACACGUGUACAACAGUCCCGACGAGUACCCCAAUUCGGUGGAGAGCUGUGCUGGCAACAGCCUGGCCUUUGAUACGAUUGACACGACGCCAUAACCCAGGGGGCCGGAUUAUUAUUUAGUUUUCAAUGCUUUAGUUGUAAGAACUCACCAGCAACCUAGCCAAAUAAUAAGGGCGCCUUCCUACACUAUCACCACGUUCUGUGGCGAUUAGCCUCUUCCAUUCUUCCCAUUUGGAGAGCCAAGCGACAAAUAGCGCGUAAGCCAGCAGACUGCAUUGAAUGCAAUCCAACAUUGCACUAAAAACACACUACACUACCUAGCGACUAAGCCAAGGAUGACACACUCCCUCAGACACAAAUCUUAAGGCUAAACAUUGUUAGACCGUAAGCUAGUUAGAAUUUAGACAUUCAUGCAAUGAAACCAACUGAAGAAAUAAGCAAAGGUUAGCUUUAGACCAUAGACAUGUGAACAUAUAUUGCUGAUUUCCGUUCCCAAUUAGACUUAUUUUUCGACGAGCCUUUAAUGAAAACGGUAGGACUAAGGACCUAGAUGUUAACAAUGUACCAAGCAGCACUAAAAUAUACAUUGGUAUGCAAUUUAAAUAUAUUAUUGAGACGUGGAAGCCAGCUCAAAUCGAUUUUAGUUUCGUAUUGUUGUGCGUGGUUUUAUUGGAAUGAAACAAGGCAGUUUUGAAUAGCCUAUACAAUUAUUUUCCUUUAUUUAUAAAUUAUGUAAUAAACAAAUUAUGCUCUUAGUGCUAUCCAACGAUAACAAA